CUCUAACCGCCACAAGCAAUGUAGUAUUACACCGCUUUUCAAACGGGAUUUCUAUAUACUUCUGAUUUCUAAAAUGAACAACAAGAUCUGCUUUGUUUUCCUCAUGAUUUUUGCAUCCUUUAUGGCUAUGGCACUAGCACGACCGCAGGAUUCGGGCGCUUCAUGCGGCCCAAAUGCACAGUAUACCUCAUGCGGCACCGCUUGUCCGCCCAGAUGCAGUGAUAAUCCUGCGGAGUCCACAGCUUGCAUAGCAGUAUGCGUCCCCGGUUGCCAGUGCAAUUCCGGAUAUGUGCUGAACGAUGCUGGCCAAUGUGUGAGGAGGAGUGAAUGUUAAUCAAAAUUUAGAUUCUUAGAUACAAUAACAUACAGCGCUAUCUGUAAAGUUAUGUUGAAAAAGAAGAUUUUCAUAUUUUAUCAUUUUAAUUAUAAAGGGUGGUUUUGGAUGGAUGUGUAUAACUCCUUAUUUCAAAUAAAAAAAAUUAACACCUAAUAAAAUUGACAAACCACACUUCAA